AUGACUUUAUACCAUUUUGGUAAUUGUCUGGCUUUAGUUUAUGCACCAUAUCACAUGGCAUACAAAUUUUCUGGAAUAUCAGAAUAUGCUACCUUUUCGAAGUGUAUCUAUGCUGGAGGCCUCUACAUAUUUACUCAGCUUUGUAAAAUGUUACUUCUAGCUACAUUCUUUCCAGACUAUGAUAACACUCAUGCUUCUGGGGAAUAUGAUGUCUUCUUAGAAAUUUUGAAAGCCACAGUUGAUUUGGCUGAUCUACUUGGUUUGUAUUUAGCAAUCAAUUCUGUACCCGGCAAAGGACAUGCAAAAAUUUUGACUGCAGCAAUUGGAUGGGCAAGUGCUGAGGUAAUUGUCACAAGAAGUGUCCUUUUGUGGGUUGGUGCUCGGGGUUCUGAAUUUGACUGGAAAUAUGUGCGAUCCUGUGCUGAAUCAAAUGUAGCACUACUACAACAUGCAUCAACAGCAGCAUUAGUAUGGCUGUGGACAAGAAGUGACUUGCCAAAAAAACACUACCCUAUUGUUAUGGCCCUUUUAGCUUUGUCUCCAUAUAGAAAUUUGUUUGAAGAUGCAGUUGCAAGUGUUUUAUCUCUAAGUGCCUGGACCCUGUUGGCAGUUCGAGCAAUACAUGCCUCUGCAGUUGGUUUAACAGCAUUGGCUAUGUAUGCUGUGCUAGCACAGCAAAUUGGAAUGUAA